GUCAACUUCCACGGUCUUCAUAGCUUUCUUUUGUUUCAACAUCCAUGUCAUCAUCAGGCCAUCACGAGGUAGACCCGACUAUAGAGGGCCAGGAGGAUGAAGAAGGAUACCUGGAGGCCGACGACGUGUACGAGGUCAUUGCAGACGAUGGUGACCAUCCUAUGGACGAGGGUGAGGACGAGAAUGACCAGCUGGGGGAGCUUCCGUCUGGUAUGGAAGGGGGCUCAGGGGAAGGAGACAUCGUGUACGAAGAUAACUCGAUCCAACAUUUUCCCGCUCAUCGCCAGUCUGUCUUCGCCGUAUCUGCGCACCCAACCGCACCUCUUGCUGUCUCGGGUGGGGAAGAUGAUCUGGGAUACAUCUGGGAUCUCGAGACAGGGAACGAAAUCGUAAAGCUUACGGGCCACACGGACAGCGUCUCCGCUACCGGUUUCAGUGCUGACGGAGAAUUGGUCGCCACGGGCGGUAUGGAUGGCCGUGUGAGGAUAUGGAGGAGGGUAGGGAAGGAUGACUGGAAGACAUGGGAGUUCCUCACAGAGCUUCAAGGUCCGGACGAGGUUAUGUGGCUCAAAUGGCAUCCAAAAGGCAGCGUUUUACUUGCUGGUGCGAAUGACAGCACUGUAUGGCUUUGGCAACUGCCGUCUGGAAAUACGAUGCAAGUAUUCGCGGGCCACACUGGUCCUAUACAAUGUGGCGACUUCACUCCCGAUGGGAAGCGAAUAAUCACUGCCGACUCCGAUAAUAACCUCAUCUACUGGGACCCCCGCUCCCCAAAUCCAAUCUUCAAGCUCACAUCAUCCAAUAACCGCUUCAAUCUUGACGGCAUAACCUCCCUCGCUAUCAAUCCUUCAUCCACCCUCGCUGUCGUAGGUGGUGCCGCCGGCGGAGUUCGGGUAGUCAGUCUCAGCAAGGGAGAGGUCCUUAACGCUUUGGGUGGCCAUAAGGAGGGAGAAAGUGUUGAGAGCGCCGUGUUUGUGAACAUUGUGGGCACUGUCGGAGGCUCGGCGAGUGCUCCGGGUGGUGGGACGGUCGUCACAGGUGGAACAGAUGGAAAGGCCUGUAUAUGGGAUUUGAACACGAUGAGGCUGAGGGCCACUCUGGAACAUGAGGACUCUAUCACGACUCUCCUUGUUCACCCGACAAAACCACACCUUGUCGUGUCUGGAUCAGCAGAUAAAACGCUGCGAACUUGGGACGCUCGUACAGGCGCGCUUCUGCGGGAACACAAAGGGCACCACGGUCCCGUGUUGGGUGCCGCAUUAGGCCUGGGGGGAAAUGUCAUAGUUACCGCAGGAGACGACGGCGCGUGUUUGGUGUUUGGGACCGAAUGAAGCUGAAACAUAUGAAUCAAAACAAUGUACUAAUGUCGUCUGUUGUGGUCGGGAUCGACUCUCUCGAUAGUAUAUUUCUAGAUGUUUUUAGCGUUUAAUUGAUCUUUAUGACUUGUGUCGACAGUGUAUUAUUGAGCAUCGCUGCUCGUACUUACGGUAUCCAGCGGACUUUACUCCAAAGAUUACGCAUGCAGGUCGCUCAUGUAUCACGGUGAAGGCGAAAC